UAGAGAGAGAUAGAACCAGACCGAGAUAAAGAGAGACCGAGAUAAAGACAGCGAGGGCGAGAGAAAGAGAGAGAAGGGGAGAUAGAGGGAGGCAUGAACACAAGAGCCAGUUAGAGAUCGUGGGCGCAAAGUGAAGUGUGAAUCAUGCCCCGUUCUCUCCUCCUGGCGUUCCUACUGCUGGCGGGAUCUGCUGGUGCUGCUACUGGUGGUGGUAGGUGGCGAGGAGGACACACCUUCCACUGGGGACCGAAGGGCAAGGCAGUGGAGCCGUUUUGUUACCCUUACAAUUACACAUGUGGCCCUAUCGCUCCCUCGCCCCCUACGAGCUAUGAGGCGCACCUGGAACACGCAGACUUGAUACACAAAAGCACGCACUACAUUGAGGAGUUUUAUGACUAUGAGAACAAUAUGUUGGCGGUGACUGACGCCUUCGGGAACUCCUUAAUGCACACUAUCUUUUUCUUCGAUAUUAAUGUGGCGGUGCUCAUGUCCACUGACCGAGAGAAGGGUCCCAAUGGCCACCACCCCACAAUCUGCAGUGUGGGUGAGAUCACCCACGCUUCUGUGCUCCAUCCCUUCCCCGGCGUGAACGGCACCGCCCACCUGGUCAUCGCUCCCUCCCAGGCUAUGCUCUUUGGGAAUAACUACAGGUACUCCUACGUGGAGAACGGUACUGAGCGAGCCAUGGAGUAUAACAGAUGGGACGCCUGCAUAUCAACUCAGAGCGAAUCCUUCUACAUGGAGUAUUACUGGACAGAUCCCGAGCUGGUGAAUGAUAUGAAUGGAUUUACAAGCGAGAGGCCCAUUAAGAUGAGGAUGACUGGCCACGCCCAGCCACUGCCAGGCACCAGUGAAAUGGUGCAAAUUGAUUCAGUCUACAGUGUGGCGCUCUUUGAUGCCAACCCAGACCUGAAGAACAUUCGAUGGGCCUUUGAGAUCCCUAGUGGUGUGUACUGCCAAGAUUUCCCAUCAGUCAAGGCUCCUCCGAACAACCUGGCCCACACUUACUCCAUGAGGGUUGAGAUGACUUGGAGAGGUGACUCUGACUUCUCUGGAUCAUAUGAACGCGGAGAUGAGUUUAUGUCAAAUUUUAGGAUGUGGUAUGACUUUUACUAUCAGUUAACCCGAGUUGACUCCAUGACACAACUGGCAACUCCCGAGUUCCUUGUGGCUGGUCUGACACAAGUGGCUAUUAUCAGCGACUUUAGGGCAGGAGUGGAAUACGUCAUAGACAAGACCCUGGGAAACUGCACCACCAUGAAUCUCACCGACAAUGGGUACACCAUCACUAGCCCAGACGGGCACCACAGCAUCAGUGACCCUCUCCAGAUCUUUGGCAUCGAGGGCGGAGCAAACCUCACCUACCAAGGCAUGAAGUACGCCCGUGGUCUGCCUUGUGAUGUGUGGAUUGGCCAAGAGAUCUCUGGAGACAGCACAUUUCACGACUCUUACCUGUAUGAGCUCUACUUCCUACAGUCUGGCUGGACAGAAGAUGCAGGCCAGCAGAGUGAGAGUCUCCCAGUGCCUGUGCUGAUCAAAGUUCAUAACGUCUAUGGUAAUGAAAGGAUGACUGUCUACUUGGACCUGGAGCAGAACAUCUUCAAGUUUGAAGAGAGUGAUCCCAGCAUGAGUGUGUUCGACAUCACGCCUUGCUUCACUGGCCACGACCACAUCAGGAGAUUCCAGAUGGACUUCUCCACUGACUACCGGGAGGACUUUGACCGCGACCCAGCCAAGUUCACUGAAGAGAUCACAGAUGGGCUUCUUGUCUAUUUGCAAAUCCCUUCCAUCAGGUUGCAGCAUCCACAGGUCGAGUACGUCAAGGACUUUGAUCAUCUCUUCUAUGAGUUCACACUGCUGGACCAGCCACAGGUGGACAUGGAGCUGCCAGAGUAUGUGGGCAAACCACUGGAGGAGGUGGUGGAGAGGCUCAGGCAGUCCAUGGAUACUCUGGUUAUUGUGAUCAUUGAUGACCAAGGGCGCCCUAAAUUGAUGAAGCCCAUAGCAGACAGUCUCAGGGAAUUAUUUGAGGAUGGUUGCUACUCCAGAGAUGUACACUACCCACCCUUCCAUGACCUAGAAGACCCACAGCCUGUCACUGAUGUACCCCUCAUCUCCAGCAAUGACCAACCACGGAAGACCACCACAGAAGAAGAGAGAAAAGAGGAUGAAGUCAAAGGUUCUGUCUUUGCUUUUGUGAUGGAGAUGCAACAGUGGGUGCGAAGUAAUGAUGAGGAGAUGUACACACCAGGGGACAUGGCGGGCAUGGCGAUAGGCAUGCUGAUAUUGGGCCUCCUCCUGGGCACUGUGGUCAUGCUGGUCAUCCUCAGGAAGUUGGGGCUUUCCAGCGACUUAGAGUACAUCCCCAUGAAUUCCAGAAGGCACUGAUCACCACCUCAAGAAGAUAUAGUUCCUGGAAGCAGAAUAGCAUAAGAACAUAAGAAAAGGGAAGCUGCAAGAAGCUGUCAGGGCUACACAUGGCAGUCCUUCUAUAACACAUGCAUACUUAUUUCCAUCUAUCAUCUUCAUCUAUGAAUGUUUAAUCUUUUAAAAGCUCCCUAAUGACUCUACACUAAUGAUCUGAUUACUGAGUACACUCCAUUCAUCUACAACUCUAUUUGAGAACCUAUGCCUUCCUAUCUUUUCAUUAAAUUUACCCUUAUCAAGCCUGAACUCAUCAUAGCGAGCUACACCCCUUGUCAAGCUACACCCUGGUCUGACACACUUGUGGCCUCAGCACUUGGAGCCAAACACUUACUUCAACAAGUUCAUACUGGACUUACACUAAUGAUCUGUGAUUUAUGAAUAUGUGAUGCUAAAGAAUCCUUAGGUAAGAGAACAUGGUCUAAAUUUCUAAUUAUGGGAUUCUUUUUAUAUUAAAUAUUCAUACUUCUCUAGACAGAAAACUACACCCACCAUGGAACAGGAAAACAGGAACAUGCACAGGCCUAUUGAACCAUUUUAGUUGAGUUGGUCUAUAAUAUUCAGUCCCUCUGUAAUAGCAGGGUGCAAGUGCAUAUAAGGACUAUUUGUUUAUAAUUAAUGAACACAGCAUUACUGUAUCAAGGUACUCAUGCUAAAACAAUAAACGUACAUCAUAU